AACGUUCCCUCUGCCGGCUCCCCUCGUACUGCAGUUCCUUGGAACCACCUUUCCCUCCACUCUACUCCACGGGUCUCCAGUCUCCUCUGUCUGCUGUCAUCUGAGAAUCUCUCCGGCAGCUUAUCUAGGGUUCACUGUUUAUCCUGCGCAGCCUGGCAACUGUCCGCAUGCCCAGGAUUAUAAACUUUUUUUUAUCGAACUCUUAUCAAGGAGACACAUUUGGGGUAAGCUAAGAAAAGAGCACAAGUAGUGGAUUUUGGAUAUUCUGCCUUCUGUUUGAUCUAUUUUUUAAAACUUAGUUGGUUUACUUUUUUGUUACCUUUCAUUUUUUGUCCCCCUCCCCCUCCCCUCCUUAUCUUUCUGGAGGGCCGUGUGUUUGCAUGCGAUGGAUCACACACUCUUUGACUGCCUCCGCAGCCGCCAUGGCACUGUGCAGGCCCUGCACCCUGCCUUCACCCAGUCUCCGUUGACUCUCCACGGACGCUCGGACCACGUCUCCUACCCUGACCUGGCCUCUUCCACCGCCACCUCCUCCCCUUCGGCCUGCAUCAUCUCCGGCUAUCCCGGUGACGAGGGCCUGUUCGGCGGGCAGCACAACCAUCACCGGGGGCAUCACCCGGCACAGCAGCAGCAGCAUCACCCGCCUCAGCAUCAGGCCGGCUGGCAUAUGCCACAGAUGCCCUCUCCUGGCAGUGCCAGCUCCCGCCACAACCUCUGCCACCCCCACCCCCACUCCCACUCGGCCCAGGACAGUGCCCUCGCACCCCCAGACCUAGGCACCCCUGGCAGGAACAGUCUGUGUGCCAGCACCCCCACGGAGGCCAACUGUGUGCCUGCAGACUUUGGAAGACAGACACUGUCACCUGCUGAGGCAGAGAAGAGAAAUAGCAAGAGGAAAAGUGACAGCUCAGGUAAGACCAGAGGAAAGAUCAACUUUUGGGUUGACAUUUUUAUUUAUUUUUAUCUUCCUUCUUCUUUGGGCUGCAUGUAAAAAUUGGUUGAGCAUAAUGUUGCACAACAUAAGUUGAAACUAAAGCUACACGUCUUCAUCUUAUUAAGAAAUUGUCAUACAGUUCAAAUAUGAAAAAUUAUUUAAUAUACUUGCAGCGCAUUUAUUCAAGAUGGGUAUAACUUAACUGUACCUUAACGUUAAGAGAUGAAGAGUUAGAUUUUGGUGUGGUUUCAAGAACGCCAUAACCACUCAGACUUCUAAGGCUUUCCGUGGAGACAGAGUGGUGGAGUUUUAUGCUUCAAUGACAGAAAAUGUGGGAUAAUAUUGUCUGAAAAGUGGUUUGUAGGUGUUGGCUGACACGAACAGAGGCAAUUACAGUAUGUUGACUGAAGGGAGAGCAAAGGCCAGACGAUAACUCUGUGUGGGCAUUAGACUUCUGGCAUGUUUUGGUCUUUUAGGGGGCAGAAAAUGAGGCUCACUGUAAAGAAUUAAUGUCAUGGAUUAUAAAAGACUACACCAGUGCUUUGAAUGACACUAAACACCCGAGAAGAUUUAGGCUUUUCUUACUGCGGAUUGCGCUUAGUUCCAGGAUUAUUGUUGAUGUAGUAAUUUCAAUAAAUUGCACUGACUAAAAGUUUAAUUCAAAAAAGAGACUUGGAAAUUGAAUCAAUAACUAUAUUCAAUUGAAAAAUGUCAGUUACAGUAGCAUUAUGUAAAACAGCUGAUAUACAGUUUAAUAGAUUUGUUGCAAUGUUAAUAGUCUUUAAAUAUAACAUUUAAUUUAAAAAAAACGUAACUUUGAAACAUCCAGAGAAACAUACUCUCUCUUUCCUACCAGUUUGUUCAAAGGUCUUAAAUAAUGUAUGAACUGUUCCACCUACCUUUUGGAUUUUUUUUUACUGCUAAUGUUUUUGUGCUUCACUCCUAAACAUUUACUACACACAUUUUCUGUCAUAAAAUUAAGAUAAUUUUGUCAAUCACUAUUGAGCAGUUAUUAAUAUGCAACAUAAAAAAAGGUUUUGCCAGCAUUACAAGAACACACGUGUAAAGUAAUUAUAUGGUCUAAUUGAAAACAUGCAUUUUGCAUUGCUAAGGUUUGGAAUAAUGAGUGACUUAACUCAAGUAGAUACUGUACAGGCGUGACUUGUGACCUUGGAUUUCAUAAUCAUUGAGAUUUUCUACGUUUGUGAAAAGGACCAUGAACUUUAUACACAUCAAGUGUAGAAAUAUCGACAAAAUAUAAGCAAUGCAAAUAUGGUAAUUUAUUAUGUUAAGUUAACUGGAACAUACAUUUCUACAUUAUUACAUAGCCUGGCGGUGUCUUUAUAACUCGGAAUAUACCAAUAUCUCUUUAAUAUAUCAACAUUUUACUAUUCAACCUUUCUAAUCAAUAUUAAUCACUUUGUAAGUGUUAAAGUGUUUUUUAAAGGGAAGAUUUUGUUGUCAACAUGAUAUUAGCAGAGACUGAUCAGUUUUCCAUGGAAAGUAUAUCUGCCGUCAUCUCGGGUCACUGGAAUGUCAUCCUGCAGCACAGGGCCUAGACCUCUGUCUGUUUAAUCACCAUCAGUGUGGGUCACCUGGUUGUGGCUCUGGUUGGGCCUCCCGAGUGGUGCAGUGGUCUAGAGAUCCUGGUUCGAAUCAGGCUCUGUCGUAGCGGCCGCGACCGGAGACCAUAGGCGGCGCAAUGUGGCCAGCGUCGUCCAGGGUAAGGGAGGGAUGGCCGGCGGGAUGAGCUCAGUUGGUAGAGCAUGUGUUUGCAACGCCAGGUUGUGGGUUCGAUUCCCACGGGGGCCAGUAUGAAAAAAAUAAAUAAUGUAUGCACUCACUAACUGUAAGUCGCUCUGGAUAAGAGCGUCUGCUAAAUGACUAAAAUGUAAAAUGUAUAUGUACACACCACUUGAACACUUGAUUGAUAUUUCCCUAUGUGAUUAGUGCCCUGUUUCGCCUGACUCACACAGGAUGCUGUUGGCCACUUUAGACAUGGAUCCCUUCUGACACGACUCAUUCAAACAGAUGAUUAAGCAUUUUCACAAAACCACAGGGACUUAAACUACUUAAGUGUACAAUUAAAUGUGUAUUCUUUCUGUUUGAAAUGAAUGGACAGCAUAGAGACAGAAGGCAUUUAAAAUAGGUUUCUUUAUAAUUGUACAGAGGCUUACAACAAUCCUAUUUUUACCAAAAUAUGGACUCAUGGUAUUUGGAUGUAGAGGAAUAUCAAAAAGAUGCACAGAAAUGAUUAACACACCUGACUUAUAGAAUUGUUCAGGUGUUGGGAAUGUUUUUUUGUGUUAUUAUGUACAAGUAGCAGCAACACACUGAAUUGCCAGAAAAACAACAUAAAGUUACUAAGCUAAGAGAGUGCAACUUUGAAGGCAGUCACUAAUAUUUAUAAUACUGCUCUUGUUUUGCCAUACUAACCUCUCCUAUAUUCACAGAUUUAGAAUUCCAUCCUCUAUUUCCUGUUCUCCUUGGUCAAAUCAUUUGGAAACUAACACUUGGCCCUCAAGCCCCAUUUCAAUUCCCUGGUUCCAAUGGUUAUUGCAGCCUCAUUACGUGGGCCUUACAUUCUCUUCACGCUAACACCAAUCAUGCUGAUUAUUGAGCGUAGUUAGCUUAUUCAAUCAGCUGUCCAAAUAGCACUGUGUUGCCAAUUCGAUGAGAUAGCACUGAUUUGGUUUCACCAUCUGGAUUGAAACCUGAGUAAAAUCCGCCUGUGAAACUUUACAUUGGAUAUGAAAACAAUAAUAAAACACUUGAACCCAGGUUUCCAUGCAAAACACUCUCCUGGUCAAGAAAUACAAAUAAUUAGUGUGAUUUUUUCCUAAAGGUGGACUGCAGGGUAUACACUGUCACAUGACGAGUGGUCCAGCUGGUAUUUGGGUGUCUGGUUUCUUUGAAACCUGCUAAUUUGAAGGGUUCCAACUGGAGGGAAUAUGGCCGUGCCCUUUGGUGUAACCUGGGAUGGCCGCUCUGGGUAAACUGGAGCUCUGAGGGAGCUAGAGGUUAACCUGGCAGAUUUUUAAGUUUGGUAAAACUUUAGCCUGCAGGUACAGUGCUUUAUUUUUACAUUUUACAUUUAGCAGACGCUCUUAUCCAGAGCGACUUACAGUUAGUGAAUACAUAUUUUUUUUAUACUGGCCCCCCGUGGGAAUCGAACCCACAACCCUGGCGUUGCAAACGCCAUGCUCUAUCAACUGAGCUACAUCCCUGCCGGCCAUUCCCUCCCCUACCCUGGACGACACUGGGCCAAUUGCGCGCCGCCCAUGAGUCUCCCGGUCGCGGCCGGCGGCGACAGAGCCUGGAUUCGAACCAGGAUCUCUAGUGGCACAGUUAGCACUGCGAUGCAGUGCCUUAGACCACUGCGCCACUCAGGAGUUACAUGAUGUUAUGCACCUGUACAUAAUGUCUUACAAUAAGGCUUAUAAUGUUAUGUAUCACUAUGUAUCAACAUUUUUACUGACUCAAAAAUGGCUGUUUUUUUGUGAGGAUCAUUAUAUGAUUAUACGACAUUGUUAGAGGGUCAUCAUACAUGCUCAUUCCAAGUCUCCUACUGUGUAUUAUAACUGAAUUAAAAUGCAUUACACAUGUAGGCUUUAAGUAAAGUGUAACCAAAACUUAUUGGGAGAGUUUUAAUAGAUUUUCAACAUUAAGUAAUAGUAAUUGCUUGAAUCCUAUUUUGUUAUUGUGGAGAGUAUUUUUGAGUGCUGAUGUAGCAAGUGAUGCUCAGGGACUAACUCAGGCAUGGCUUUGCAAUUCUGGGUAUUGACGCUGAGGUUAUUUUGGUAGAUCUAGCAUUACAAUAUUCUAUGUCACAAUGAAAUUGUGUCUGCCGUAGAUAAAAUGCGUCAAUAAAAUCUACAAAAUGAUUGGCCAAUGAACUAAAAAACACUUAACACUUCAAAUGUAACACUGAAAGGAGUGAAAAGUAUAAUCAUUUCAUUUUGCAGUAUCUCCGUCAGAAACGUUGGCAGGGACACUAACACCAUUUUUUAAAGGGUUCCCUGAUCUGGCUUCAGACCAUUUGGGAGCCAUAUAACUACCCCAGUGUCUGGGCUCUGUAUUUUCCUCCCAUUAUUCCCCUUUUUGUGGAGAGAUGAAAGUUACUGCAAGGACCUAAUUGUUGUGGUGUAGUGGAUGUGUUGUAAAACCUUGGGACUCUUUUUAAAUCGUCUUUGUGCUGGUCUCCAGCAGCUGGCCAUGUUAUUCUUUAUUCUUACACAAUGUCUGUGUUUACCAGAGAGUAAAUACAUUUAAGAGGUAUGUUUGAAUGAGGCCUGCUCUCUGGCACACAGACAGUUGGCCUACCCUGGUGAAAUUACAGACAUGUUGAGAUGGAAGGUUAACAGCUAUAGGACAUUUGCUAUUCACCAUACAAUGAUGCUCAGAAUUUCAGCUACUUUACCACAGUGUAAGGAAAGUCUUAUAAUUUAUGUGGGAAUACCUAGCUGAUAUAUUUGCAGUGUAUUCCUGUAUUGGAUGCCAGUUACACACUAUGACAUACAUUUUCAUUUGCUUUCCUUUUCUCCACAAUAUCAAUGAUGAAUGCCUUUUUGCAAACAAAAGUUGUAUAAUUUUCCAUUAUUCUAUAUUUUCUAUGACACAAAAAGAUAUGGGCAAUGUGUUUGUUUGAAAAUAAUAUUUUUUAAAGAGACACUUUUUCAGUAAGAACUUCAAGAAGUUUCUCGGAGUGUCUCCUGUGACGUGGCAGAGUGAGUGACUCCCAUGGCUGGUGGUGUAUCUGCCUGGCCCUGGCCUGUAAACUCCCAGCCUAUUUACAGUUUGGCGUUGGGAGCGCCUGUUGGAUUAACACACAGUGCAGAACAGAACCGCAGAUGAAUUAGCAUGCAAUCGCUGUUGCCUUGAAGUUCAAUGUGCAACUGAAGCAUAUCCAAAAGGCCUAACCACAAAGUCUGGUCACAAUAGGAACGUUUGGGAACCAAAUUAACAAUACAUGUUUCUUCUGAGAAACAGUGAAAAACUAAAAGUAACAAUAUCUUCUCCUGAGGUUGAAACAGAAUGGGAAUGACAAGUAGAUGUUUUAUCCACAUUGGUUGUAGAAAUAAAUCAUUUAAGUCUCAAUAAAACAAUUUCCUCACUCCAGUGAAUCAAUAGGUGGUAGACUUGCAUAUAUUUGCAAAAAAAGGGAUCUUCACUGCUUCAUGCUGGUUAACUGGGGAAUCGUAACAGUUUGUCCUCGUGUGUGAUGUCGUAAUCAUAAUCAUAGGUCAAAACCAGACUGACAUAUGUGUUACUCUCUCUGUAGUCCAUCUCAUAGUCUAGCCAUUCUCAGUGAGUCAGUUAAAAAGUUUGACAAUAUUGUUCAAAAUAAAACAACACCAAUCUAAACGAGAGAUUGGGAAAAAAACUCCUUUGCAAAUUGUUGUGAGUUGGCAGCUUGUUAGUCAUAAGGAGGAGACACUUAUAAAAUUGACGUAAAUAAACUGAGGAAACAUAUUUUUUACACAUCCUGCAGAGCUGUUUCGUUCCAUAUUAAAACUACGAGGGGUAGCAGCCGAUUCCAUUAACAGUAAGACAAAUGAACUCCACAUUGGAAAGAGUAGGAGCCAGCCCAUUGUGUGUGUGAGAGAGCACAGCUGCCAGAAACAGGCACAUGUGUAGACGCUCCUGGGUCCUCCCAGCCACUUACAGUGUGCAUAAACAAUGCCGCUACAAUAAAAGGUGAUUGGCAUCUCCCAUUGUUUCCCAUACCUGACUCCUUCCCUCCUCUGCCUGUAUUUGUGUCUCUGGCUUGCACCUGCCAUAUAACACUCAUUUUAUCAUUAUUUUCUUUGAGUAUAAAUCUCCCAGACUGGAAAGAAAAAAUGUGUGCGGUGUUUGAUUUCAGAGUCCCAAGACGGGAAUUACAAGUCAGAUGUGAGCAGCAAACCCAGGAAGGAGCGGACGGCGUUCACCAAGGAGCAGAUCCGUGAGCUGGAGGCCGAGUUCGCCCAUCACAACUAUCUGACGAGACUGAGGCGCUACGAGAUAGCAGUCAACCUCGAUCUCACAGAGAGACAAGUAUGUAAUGUCACCACUCUAACCUCAUUUUCCCACUUAUCCCUUUGGGUUCAGACAUACUGUCCCCGUAACACAUUUAUGCCGGGUGGUGGGAAAAGACUGCCUCAGUUAGACCAUGCAGAGGUUUUCGGAGCUACGGUGUUUUCCUAACUUUAGAACUUCUGGUUUGUGUGCUGUUGUGCUCCAGCUGUGACUGUGAAGAGGGACUAUCAUAUUCCAGAUAUUUGUGUCUAUUCUUUCAGUCAGCCUACAGUCAAGUAAUGGAGACAGGCACAAAGGCAGGAGGUGCUGUCUAGCAAGUCACUUCCUGUUUCCCCCAGCUAGUCCUGUUUCCCCCAGCUAGGACAAAUUAGUAUCAGAGCGUAGGCAGAGGGGCCGCUGUAAACACAGUCACAUGAAAUAAAUAAUAGAGGACAAAUUGCGGGGAAGGAAACAUCGAACAGUGUUCUGUAACACCUAUUUGGGGUGUCAGAGAGAAGCUAUAUUUCACAUGUGGCAUUCAUCUGACCGUAGGUAGUUUGUUAUAUACAGUACAGUAGGGAUUAAAUGGAUAGAACAGAUUAGUUCCUGACAGUAUAUGUUUCUUAUGUAACAUCGGAGACUCAAAACCUGAAUUUCAUUUUGUAUUAAGACAGAUAUCAGGACAUUACAUUCUACCACAAAGUACUUUCCUCCUGUAUAACCAUUUGGUCCUCCUGUAUAACCAUUUGGGUGUGAGGCCUUACACUGUACAUAUAAAAAAACAUAUAUUUUUUCGAUUUUCGAAAAAAGCGCUUCAAUGUAAGAUUUCUAAAAGUCAUUUAAAAUGCCCAAACAUAACCAUAAACUAAGAUAAAAAAUAUUAUGCCUACCAUCUAAACAUUAAUGUAACAAUAAAUAAUGGCCACACUUUACAUUACAUCACCCUUACCACAGUGAAUACCACUGGGUUAAUCCAUUAAGUAUUUAUGUAAUUACCCCAUUACAGCCUAGUAAUUAUGUACAGUUAUGGAGUACUUAUAUUGCGCUUAGAACAUCCAAUAUUUUUCUUAUGUCAAAUUCAAAUUCAUAACCAACCUCUUAGAGAACAUGAACCUACCUGUUAUUCCAGAGAGUCAACAUGAUCCCUUAAGCAUUACAUGACUCAGACAGGCCUGUGUCAUACCUUCAGUAACAUGGAAACUCAUAUCUAGUAACAAAUAUGACUGCAAAACAGCCCAUACAAACCAGUUAUAAUAAUAACAUUAUAAGUAAUUGAGUCAUUAGCCCACUGAAGAUAGCAUUAGUAGAAAUAACAUGUACUAUACAGUAGCGUGUGACAGCAAACUCGGUGACAUGCACCUUACCUUACUGCACUCUCAAUACCAGGAGAGAAAAGUGCAAGAUUGCAGAUGUAUUUUAAGGUCGAUCCACUUACAGUAAUGACAGUAGGAAAUCUGGGUGGCCGGGGUUGGAACUCUGCCCGUCAACCUGAUAGGGAUUUUAUAACUAUGAAACUCAAUGGACUGGACUCAUUGACACAUUGACAAAUGGGAAAUUGGUUGCUGAACUAAAAAUACCUUUGAGUGAUAUAUCACAAACAUGUAUAUUAGGUAACAUAGCAACAACAUAGCAACAAAAUUCAUCCAUCCCCAUUGAGCUAUAGGUUGUAUUCAGGUGGCAAAGGCUUUUAAGGCGUGUUUGUGCAGGUGUGCCACAGUUCACACGUGCUCUUCUGACGUGCUAUCAUAUGGACAAAAAAAAAAUCCAUAACCACCACUGAUGUGAUCGUCAGCAUGGCAUGUAUUGUUGAAGGUUUAAGACAAACGUUGUGUGUAAAAUCAAGUGACUUCCUUCCCAUGUGACCCAGCUAGGCCCCACAGCAUGACACUCCCCAAAAUAAACCAACCAAACACAAGGAGAGAAAGAGAGACUCAUCCAGAACCCAGUCAGUGUUGACUCUCACGGCUACUCGGACCCAAUCCUCUGCGUAAACCAUUUUAAGCAACAGCCUAAUCAUCAUUCUGGGAGACGUAAAUACUGGAGGAGUUGUCGAGUCAGGGAAAUGAGGAAGCAGCAGAUGCCAGGGAAUGUGACAGUACAUCAGCACAUAAUCACAGCUACAGUAUAGAAAUAGCUGCCAAACCUUUACAGCAGUGCCUGUAUCAGGUACCAGGCUUACCAUUUGACCAAUAUCCUGGUCUUUUAAUAGGACUACUCAGUAUUCUUAACAGUAUCCAGCUAUGCAAAAUGUACAACUCCCUUCAACGGCCAUUUUGCUGUUCUUUUCCGAAUAACUCAAUUUGUCUUUUGUGGUUGUUCCACAGGUAAAGGUGUGGUUCCAGAACAGGAGGAUGAAGUGGAAACGAGUGAAAGGAGGUCAACAGGGGGCGGUAGCGAGGGAAAAAGAACUGGUGAACGUGAAAAAGGGGACAUUGCUGCCAUCCGAGUUCUCCGGCAUAGCGGCUCUUCAUCACUCCACAGACUCCCUGGCCAAUGAGGACAGUCACGACAGCGACCAGAGUUCCGAGCAUGCUCACUUAUGAUGCACAGCAGCAGGCCACGCCUCCUCAAAGUGUGCUCAGCGUCACAUCUCAGGAACGUCCUUAAAAGGACAUGUUAUCUGGUUGUCGUUAGCAGAGUUCAACGAUGCUAAAUAAAUGUGUACAAAUGUACAAAGAAAUGACGUGUGUUACUUGAUCUAAGAAGAUACAUGUUAAGGACAUUGGUUAAACCAAAACUAAGAUCACCAAUAAGUUUAAAGAACUGCGAACCCAACACGGGAAUAUGAGAUAUUGCAAAAGGUCAAUGCACAUUAAGGUACGUUACGAACGUGCCUCCACUCAACGCUCUGUUCUUGGAAGCAGAAAAUAUUCUUAGAAUAUUAGGACAAAUUCAGAUUCAGAAUUGGCCGAAUUGUUAUGAACAUUCCAUGUUGUGUGUCUUGCAUUGAAAAAGGGGCAAGUUUAUGCUUUUGAUUUGCACUGUUGAACACUUGCCUCAAUUGGUUUCUACUGUAUGUCAUAUAAAUUGCGAUGUAAUCAAAUUAUUGAUUAAAUCAAGUGUGCAGGAGAAUCAAAUUUGCUCAGCUAAUAUACAGUAUACUCUGAACUUAAUUAUCUGUAUUUUUCUUACCUUCGCUCUAGCAAUAAUUUCUUACACACACUAUACCACUCACACAGUAAUAAACAUUUCUGACUUUUCUUAGCGGCCAUUUUUCUUCUGCCUGAAUGAUUUUUGUAAACAAAACUGACAUGAAUAUCUCAUGAACAGAGGUUCUACUGAAAUGCUUCUCAGAUCAAAUAAAUUAAACCAGAGGUAAAUGGAAUUCAUGUUGGGUUGAAUAACUUCACGAUGCCUCCCAUCCACGUGAAUUCAGGGUAAUGUAUGACUAUGCUGUGAACUGAG